AUACAAAAGGUACAAAAGAUAUAAAAGGUAUAAAAGAUAUAAAAAAUAUAAAAGGUAUAAAAGGUGUAAAAGGUAUAAAAAGUAUAAAAGAUGUAAAAGAUAUAAAAGGUAUAAAAGAUAUAAAAG